AGUUGCGCUGCCAACAUGGUGAGAUCAAAGAGUUUAGGAAAUAUCCGCGCGUCGAAGACCGCGGCGGAGAAAACGACGACCGCGGCGAAGGUGACCACGGCGGAGAAGACGACCGCGGCGGAGAAGGCGACGACGGAGACAGUGACAAUCGGGACGGAGACGGCGACGACGGAGAUUGCGACGACCGGGAUCGAGACGGUGACGACGGCGACGAUAACGACGGCAACGAUGACGGCGACAGCGUCAGUGCAGACGUCCCCCCAAAAAUAUGUGGGGACGGAAAUGACGCCACCGAAGAAGCAGCUUGGGACGGUGAAGUUCGACGGCACAGAGAAGACGCGCAGAAAAGCUACGGUGCAGCGUGCCCUCAACAGGAAGAGGGAUAGGGUGGCACGCCAGAAAAAGGAAACGGCGGCCGCACCACCACCACUAUCGCAGCCGGUAUACGCGGUCCCCCCCCCCUCCGCCACCGCAAUAUGUGCACUGGCACCCACAGCCGACGUAUUCGUGCUGCUCACACGGAUACGCGGCGCCGCCGCCACCGCCAUCCCGAUAAAAAAUAUUACAAGUAAAAAUAUAUUAAUAUAAC